AUCAAAAAAUCAAAAAUUCAAAAAUUCAAAAAUUCAAAAAAUCAAAAAUUCAAAAAUUCAAAAAUUCAAAAAAUCAAAAAUUCAAAAAUUCAAAAAUUCAAAAAUUCAAAAAUUCAAAAAUUCCGAAGCAUUGGAGAAAAAACGGGGAGAAAAUUGUGGAACAAACUCGGAUUACUGUGGGCGGCUACUGGAAAUCAAGUAAACGAGAUUUCUGUACAUUUGAAAAAUUUGAACAUUGAGCAUGAAGUGAUUCCGGGAAAUGAGAUUUCCAAUCACUACCCUCAAUUGAAAUUUGAUGAAAAAUGGACUGGACUGGUUGAUCCGAUGGGCGGUGUCAUUUAUGCAAAUAAAUGGUUGAAUGCGUUUCAGAAAUUCAGAAGCUCAAAAUUCGAAAUUUUAAAAAAUUCGGAAAUUCCAGAAUUCAAAAAAAUAAAGUAA